UUAUACUAGUUUUACAAACUACGAAAAUUACGUUCGUUUCACAAAAAUCAAGUCGAUUACGAUGGCCGUCCUAACUACUCAAGAAAUAGAUUGCAUCAUAAAAGAACUCACCUCGCUGAAUGGAAAUGAGUGCACCUUUAAGGAGGAACUAAUCGAGCGACUCAUUCAAAGGACCCUAGGAGUGAUCAGGUGGCAACCAAUGCUGCUGGAACUGGAGGCUCCGGUGAAAAUCUGCGGCGACAUUCAUGGCCAGUUUACGGAUCUCCUGAGGAUUUUCCAGGCGUGCGGCUUUCCACCAAAUGCGAACUAUUUGUUCCUCGGCGACUACGUGGACCGGGGCAAGCAAUCGCUGGAAACGAUCUGUCUGCUAUUCGCCUACAAGGUGAAGUAUCCACUGAAUUUCUUCUUGCUGCGCGGCAACCACGAGUGCGCCAGUAUAAACCGCAUUUACGGAUUCUACGACGAGAUCAAACGCAGGCACACCGUGCGUUUGUGGCGCAGUUUCACGGAUUGCUUCGACUGGCUUCCGGUGGCCGCGGUGGUGGGUGGACGCAUCUUCUGCUGCCAUGGGGGACUAAGUCCAUCGCUGCAGAGAUUGAAGCAGAUCGGCCUGAUCCGGCGACCCACUGAUGUCCCGGAUGAGGGCAUCCUGUGCGAUCUCCUUUGGGCGGAUCUGAACCACACCACCGAGGGCUGGGGUCACAACGAUCGCGGUGUGAGCUUCACCUUCGACGAGGUCAUAGUGCGCGAUUUUCUCAAAGCCUUCGACCUGGACCUAAUGGUGCGAGCCCACGAGGUUGUGGAGGACGGAUACGAGUUUUUUGCCAACCGGCAGCUGGUCACCGUAUUUUCAGCCCCCAAUUACUGCGGACUCAUGAACAAUGCCGGCGGAGUGAUGAGUGUCAGCAAGUCCUUGGUCUGCUCCUUCGUCAUUAUUCAGCCGUGUCACCAAUACAAAGUGGCUCAAGUUGAUGCCAACGAAAUCCCGCCUAGCGACUUGGAGUGA